AUGAUGAUGAGAAAAGAAAAACUGAGAACGUAUUUUACUGCAGCUCCCUUGGGUUCUAUACCUGAAUUACCGGCGCUUUCCAGUCACGAAAUAAAGGCGAGUGAAGGAAACGAAAGUAUAAGCGGCAACUUUUGGCUGGAUCCGACUGAUAUGGAUGAAUGUAAAUCUGACAUCAGUGACCGCGAUGUGAAUGCAAACUGCACUAACACGGAAGUUUCUUACAAAUGCAAAUGUAAAGCUGGAUACGCUGGUGAUGGACACUCUUGUUCAGAUAUCGAUGAAUGUAACAAUGGAAGCCAUUCGUGUGAUGUGAAUGCAAACUGCGAAAACACGAAUGGCUCUCACAACUGCAUCUGUAAGGAAGGAUACAUUGGAGAUGGAAAAUCGUGCCAAGACAUGAACGAAUGUAAAAGAAACCAACCUUGCCACGUGAAUGUGAUCUGCAUAAAUACCGAAGGAUCGUAUGUUUGUACUUGUCACGCUGGAUAUACUGGAAAUGGACUCAGUUGUACAGACACUGACGAAUGCAGUGGAGCUCAUGCCGUUAAAUUAAAUAAAUGUCAUCCGAAUGCCUAUUGCAUUAAUACUAAGGGCUCAUACAACUGUCUUUGUAAUCCUACUUACACUGGAAAUGGUUUCAAAUGUACAGGGACAAUUCUAGUUUGGCCCGCUAGUGGGGAAAGGCCCAAAGUAUAA